CAGCUCCUCGCGCACGGAAGCCCACCGGCCUGGGCGCGCCAAAUUUCAAAGCACUUCCUCCCCAGAGAAGUGACGGCGAAUAAUGGCGAUGAAGUCCUGCGGAAAACAAUCACAAUAAGAAGAAGAAGAAGAAGAAGAAGAAGAAGAAGAGUGAAAUACAGUUCAACCCACGGCGGAGGAGUCGGAUCCGCGGGGGCUCGGUGCUCAUCGGUCCGCGGGGGUUCGACGCUGCAGCGGCGGGAGGAGGAACUGUCGCAGAGUCGCUGGAAUCAGACAGCUGCUGUCAGGCCUCCCACCUGAGACCAACUGAUGUCAGGGGCCUGGGAUUUUAAUAACACACACACACACACACACACACACACACACACUCAGCCGUCAGCUGUUCACACCUGAACAUCAGGUGAAAGUUGAGAGUCACGGCUGUCACCUUUUUUAUUUUUUAAGGCAGGGCUACUGCUCAAGGUUUUAAUGUUUACUGACACACACACACACACACACACACACACGGACACACACACUUUUCAGGACACCUUUGUUGUCAAAUCCGCCGUCCUGCAGCCUCCGCUCCUCAGGCGAGGGCGAGGGGGAGGGUGGGAGGUGGGAGGUGGGGGGGUUCGGUCUGUUUGAGCCGGGCCUCUUGACGCUCUCCGUCGGCUCGUACAGUUUCCUCCAUCCGCAUCAUUAAUUCACGUGUUCACAGCGGGACACCAGUCGUCACACACACACACGCACACACACACACACACACACACACACACACACACACACACACACACACACACACACAGCUUGAUGUUGGUGCUCAGGACUCUCUGGUCAAACCCAAAUGCCUUUAAUUUAACUCCUCUACAUUAGUAAAGAGUUGUACCCCCCCCCCCCCAAAAAACAAACCAUGGAUCCCAGCCUCCUGUAACUCGGGGGGCCUGUCUCAGAUCGGGGUCGAGUGGAGGGGUCAGACGGUCGCAGGCCCUCACAGUCAUGGUGUCCGGGGUGCAGCCGUGCUUCCAGUUGCUGCGGAUCGGCGCGGCGAGCGGCGACCAGGCGCGGGACCUGUACACGUUCAGGCCGGCCCUGAGCCACUGCGUGUUCCGCCUGGGCCGGGCGGCGGAGGUGUGCGACGUCACGCUGGACUCGCCGUCCGUGUCCCGCAUCCACGCCGAGCUGCACGCCGAGAGGGAGGCGAGCGGCGGUGGAGCCGCGGCCUCGCCGCAGGAGGAGGGCUGGAGCGUCCACGUCAAGGACAGGAGCAGUCACGGCACCUGGGUCAACGAGGUCCGCCUCCAGCGCGGCGUCCAGUGGGAGCUGUCGGACGGCGACACGCUGACCUUCGGCGGCCAGUCUGCUCCCGGCAGCCCCGAGUUCUACUUCCUCUUCCAGAAGGUCAAAGUUCGCCCGCUGGACUUUGACGCCAUCACAAUUCCAAAGGCGGGAACCUUCUCCUCUGACUUGCAGAACCGGAUCAGGACUAACCUGGACCGCAAGGUGGAGGCCAACCUGGACCUGUCCAAGCUGUCCAUCAACCGCGCCACCGUCAUCCUCAACUCCAUCGGCAGCCUCAGCAAGAUGAAGGGCAGCGCCUGGACCUUCAAGAGGAGCCACAGCCACGAGGGAACCGUCUCGGACCCCGGCUGCUCCUCCUCCUCCUCCACGCCGCCGCCGCCCCGCGCCGUGGGCUUCUCCUCUCCGCUCCCUCUCUCCACGCCGCCAUCGCUCUCCUCCGCGGCUUCGGCGCCUUCGGCCAAGUCCCUGCCGCCGACCUCCAGGAGCAGGAGGAAGUCGGCGCACACGGUGCUGCUCGAGGACGACAGCUCAGACGAGCCCCGGAGUCGAGGAGCUCUGGCAGGAGCUGUGGAGGACGGGCCGAGGGCGAGAGGGAAGAAGAGGCGGCGGCUCUACAAGUCCGAGUCGGAGGGCGUCGGCCCUCCUCUGCCGCCGCAGCCCAAGAGCCUCAGCGACGUCCGGCGGCCGCUGGAGGCCAAGCCCUUCCCCGUGGGCAUCAGGACCAUCGGCAGUUUCCACGGCGCCAUGACGAACAGCAGACUCAACCACCACCACCUCCUGCAGGCGUCGUUCGCCAACGCCGCUGCUGCACACAAACAAGAGGCGGAGGCGAUACAUCGCAUCAAGACGGUGGUGCGGGGCAACAUCGCGGCUUUCCGCCAGCAGAAGCCGGCCCGCGGCCCGGCGGCGGCGCAGCGCGGCCGGCGACGGGCCCACAGCUCCCCGGUGUUCUCUCCCCUGGUGGUGGGAGGAGAGAACUACAGCCUGGCGUCGCCCUCGGUGCGGAUCUGCACGGAGCAGAGAGGAAGAGUCCAGUUCAACAGAUUCCACCAUCAAAUGAGUAAGCGACGAGGCCGCCCCAGGAAACACCCCCCCCCUCCGCGGCCCUCCCUGCCCUCACCGUCCUCCUCGUCCUCUUCCUCCACCUCCUCGGCCUCGUCCUCCUCCUCCGGCUCCUCGUCCGGCUCGGGCUCCUCCUCCUCCGAUGAAGACGACGAGGACGACGACGAGGAGGCGACGGCCGGGUCGGUGGAGCCGUGCGCGGCGCCGCGGUGUCGCCUGCCGCAGCAGGACACGGUGCAGUGGAUCCAGUGCGACGUGUGCGACGCCUGGUUCCACAUAGACUGUCUGCACGUCGACCGCAAGAAGCUCCUGAUGGACCCCAACGCCGAUUUCCACUGCGGCUGCCACUGACAGGAGAGAAUACGUGACCCCCUUUCCCCCCCCGGUAAUUUUCCUUCAGCUUCACGUGGAAAUCAGCCGACGUCAUUGAAUACGGCAAUCUUCUCAAAGCAUGCAGUGCUUUCCCUUCUCCCCCGGAGGCAGCUGGCGCGGGCGGGAAAAGACUUUACACUAGAUUCUUUUUUAGAAUUCGACUCCCGAAUUGGAGGAUUUGUGUCCCUGACAGUCGCCCAGUUGCUCCCGCACAACAACAAGGAGGAGGAGGAGGAGGAGGGCGACAAAACUGCAGUUGAAUGUCUACGGUCAGAUUUCGUUGUGGCUCUGUCCGUCUGGAGAGGUGUGAUGAUGGGGGCGGCGGGGCAGAGGCCGCCUUGUGGAAGAUUAAUGAAAUGUUUCAGAUCUCCACGAGGUGAUUAAACUCAGAUGUCUCUCCGUGCGGGCCCCCGCCCUCCUCCUCCUCCUCCCCCUCCUCCCCCUCCUCCCCUCUUCUCCCCCAAAGACAACAGCGCUGCGGAUGGCGUUUCCCCACCUCAGCAAUAACAACACUCUUAUGAAAUGUUUCCGCGCGGCGGCGGCAGCAGCUGUCUAGGAAAAGGAAUGGGGCGUUGGAUGUUUGGAGAUAAUUAAACGGCAGGAAAAUGUGUCAGCGCCGCUGCCGAUGAUGAUGACGAGACGAGCUCUCGGGACAGUAAUCAAAUGUUUGAAAGGACUCCUGCAGAGGCAGCUGCUGGGGGGGGGGGGGGGGGGGGGGCACAGUUGGGACUGUGUGUUGUGGUGUUUUGUUUUUUUUUAGGCUGCAGCUGCUUUGGGAGGAAACGUCACCACUGAACUGUCACGAAAUAUCUUCUGCUGAUGCAGCGGCGCGAAAAGCGGAUUCAGAUUCUGUCGGGACUGUUUUUAAAUGUCGUCUCCUCACUACUGAACUCUGACCUCUGAAGCUUUUCUCCCGGUUCUCCUCCACCACCGAUCAGUAGAUGUGUACAUACUGUCUUUGCUCAGGUGCUGCUCGAGUGGAAUAAAAUCAACGUGUGUAUUAAUUCCAAAAUUCUUCCCUUUUAAGCACCUUCUCUUUUUUAAUUAUAUUCUAAUCUUCUCUCUCAGCGGGACAAAAAACAAAGUCUCUGAAAUUUAAAUUUUUACCGCUCGUAUAAUCCCUGUUAUAGUUCUGGCUUGAUGAUGAUGAUGACGACGACGGUGUUAAAGUAAAAGAAUAUAGUUUAUAGGCGACGACCAAAAUUCUUCUUCAAUCAAACUACUAUGACAGAGUGAAGGUCACAAACCGGAUUCUUGAGCAAUAAUAAAAAAAGAAAUCUAUAGUGUGUAUGUAUGUAUAUUUUUUUAACAUGUUAAUGUCUGAUGAUGCAGAAUGAAGUCGUUCAGCCGAGCUCCUGUGACCAGAUGAUUGGUUCAUAAGCAGCUGCAAAGACAAAUGUUAGAAAGAAGAAAAAAAAAUAUUAACUUUGCAUAAACUGGUUUGGGGUCAAGUUAAAAUUGUUUUAAGAUCUAAUUAAUAAAUGUAGUGUUUCUGGCCACAGGGCUUUAGUUUCACUUGAAAUCAAAAUCUGUGGAAAAGCGUCAGAUAAAUAUUGAUACAAUAUCAGGUAUAUAGGACCUAACGUUUUCUAUGAUACUUUAAUAAGUCGUGUCGAGCAGUGGUUAUUACUCAAAUGUAAAAAGAGAAAAAUAAUUCUGUUGAUCACCUGUUGCUUUGUAUGUGGGAAGAAAAAGGAAAAAGAUUUUGUUUGCAGCUUCAUCCACCAGUAAAGAUUUAAAUGUUGCAUUU